ACAUGUCUCCCAUAUCACUCAGCAGGAAGUUAACAAAUGGUGGCAGCGAUGCAGCUCCUCUUGUUCUUUCUCUUCAUAUUCAUCCCAAUCACAGUGUCUGAUGGGAUUUUUAAACUGGUGAACAGUUCUGUUCAACUGGAUGUACAGAAAAAAGAUUAUGAGUUUGAUGACUUCACAUGGACAUUUAACAAAAGUAAAAGCGUUGUGAAAUACUAUAAAAAUUAUCCAAGUAAAGUAUACCCAGAGUAUAAAAACAGAGUGGAGGUGAAUGAGCAAACCCAAAGUCUGACACUGAAGAACUUGCAGAAGACUGAUAGUGGACUCUAUGAAGCAGCGGCAUCUGGUGAACAAAACCAAAUUGUGGCCGAGUACCAAUUAACUGUGUUGGAUCCAGUGGAGAAACCAGUCCUUAAUGGCCCUUACCCGCAAAGCAAUGAAACUUGUAAUGUGACUCUCAGCUGUGAAGCUCAGAAACUCUCAGUCACCGCUCACUGCUACAGUGACAGAUGUGACAUGAAGGAAAACGAAAAGGCUGUAGAUGGGUUCCUUUCCCUCUCAUUGUAUGUCAGUAACAGCUUCAUUAUUUGUAAUCAUAGCAACCCAGUCAGCUGGAAAAAUACAACCAUGGAGAUGAAAUAUGUGAAACAAGUCUGCCCUUCUAAUGGAGAUACAAUGAAUCCUUCUAAGUCAAAUAUGACUGUCAUCAUUGUCUCACUAUUGUUUGCCAUCCUCAUCAUCAUCCUCAUCAUCAUCAUCAUUUAUAUCUUCAUCCGGCACAAGAAACUUAGGACACCAGAUUCUGGCAACACAGUCUAUGAAGAAGUUAAGGCGGAUAAAAAGCCAGUCGAGAUGUCAGAGAACCCUGAACAUCCUAGUACUGUUUACUGUACUGUCACAAAGCCAACCCAAACUUGUAAUAAUGAUGAGAGCACUGUAAGCACCGCAGACCCUAGCGACAAGGAAAUGGACCCCAGUGACAAAAACCUCUAUGAUACUCCAGAUCAAAAUCAACAAAAUGGAAGUAUCAAUGAUGUACCUCAAACCAUUUAUGCUGUAGUGAACAAGGCUGGUAAACAAGUGUAAGAAGCCCAGCUGAAUGGAAACAGGUUUUAUGAGCAAUGAAAACAAAAAUGUGUUCUUACUUCAUUGGCAUUUUGAAUACUGUAUUGUUUAUCUGGUAUCGAACCUGUCACAUGUUCAAUUAGACUUUUACAUUAAUUUAAAAAAAUAUAAUUCUGCCAUUUUUGUUUUCAUACUGAAAU